CCGCCAUCUUUUGCAAAUGGCGCAGGGCCGUUGAGAAUACGGCUUGUUUUACUGAAUUUUCUCGUAAAAUUUGCUGGAAACUAAAUGCUGCAGAAAAUGACGGGUGAACCAGAAGAUAGGGAAACAAUUUGCGAUUCUUUGUCUUCGCUAGUGGAAGGAUGCAGACUUCCAGUAAAAAUGAGAAACAGCGACGAUUGGCCGCUGGCGGAAGUGAUCAGCAUAAGGGAUGGAGAGGGAAUGAAGUAUUUUUAUGUUCAUUAUAUAGACUUCAAUAAAAGACUUGAUGAAUGGGUCUCUGAAGACCGACUGGACACAAGAAAAGUUCAAUUUCCCAGAAAAGAUGGAGGGUCGAGUCAGUCAGGUCUGCAGACUCCUAAUAGGCGAGUAGAGACUGAACCUUCAAGGCCAGAAACUCCUCCGAAUACACCAGGAGAGCUGGUCAAUGGAAAUGCUGUUUUAGCGGCUGCAUUAAAUAAAAAACUGACUCGAAAACGGAAAAUGCCGUCAAUAGAGGCAGAGGUCUGUGAAAUUACGGCUCCUGAAGUUCCGGUUGCGCCAAUCAUUGGCAGUGGGGCUCUGGUCACAAGUGAACCGGGGAAAAGAACUUCUGGCAGUUUAGUGACCCAUCACCACGACGAUGUUGUCACAAGAAUGAAAAAUAUUGAAAUGAUCGAGUUAGGUCACAAAAGAAUCCGUCCGUGGUACUUUUCUCCGUACCCUCAGGUAGAAUUAAUCAACCUCACCUGCAUAUACAUUUGUGAAUUUUGCUUGAAGUACCGUAAAAGCAGGAAAUGUUUGGAAAGACACUUAAAAAAAUGCAAUUUGAGACAUCCUCCUGGCAACGAAAUAUACAGAAAAGGAGUGAUUUCAUUUUUUGAAAUCGACGGCCGCAAGAACAAAGCUUACGCUCAAAAUCUCUGUUUGCUGGCAAAACUUUUUUUGGAUCACAAGACUUUGUACUACGACACAGACCCAUUCCUCUUCUAUGUGAUGACCCAAUAUGAUGCUCGGGGCUUCCACAUUGUGGGCUAUUUCUCUAAGGAGAAGGAAUCUACUGAAGACUACAACGUUGCUUGCAUUCUCACUAUGCCUCCAUACCAACGAAAGGGUUACGGAAAGCUGCUUAUUGAAUUUAGUUACGAGUUGUCCAAGUUCGAAGGCAAGACAGGUUCUCCGGAGAAACCCCUAUCUGAUUUAGGUUUGCUUUCGUACCGAAGCUACUGGGCUCAAACUAUCCUGGACAUACUUGUUACUCAGAAUCCUACAGCUGAUAAUGAAAAACCUCAAAUUACUAUAAAUGAAAUUUGUGAGAUGACCAGCAUCAAAAAAGAAGAUGUGAUAUCCACCUUGCAAAAUCUGAACCUAAUCAAUUACUACAAAGGACAGUACAUAAUCACAAUAAGUCAGGAAAUGGUGCAGAACCACUUGGCGGCCAUGGAAAAAAGAUCACUGCGAAUAGAUUCCAAAUGUCUUCACUGGACACCAAAAGAUUGGAGCAAGCGGGCCAAGUGUGUGCAUUCUGUUGUCGGGAAAAAUCUGAAUAUUAAAUAGUGCUGCCAGCAGGAUGUGUCAAAUAUCCUACACAUCUGUUUUCUUUUGAUCCUUUGGUAAGAUAGAAGCAGAUACAUAAGAAACAGACUAAUUUGAUGGAGAGUAUGGCCAGGAGUUUCCAACAGCGUUUCCAAUAAAUUUGUGAAAUAUUUCUUAGAACAUUUCCAUCCUAAUAUAAAUUAAUAAAUUAUUUCUGAAUCAAAUAAUUGAAACUGGAAGA